AUGCAGAACUUCACUGGCAAAGUUGUAUUCAUCGCGGGAGGAUCGACUGGACUCGGCAAGUCGAUCGCCGAGAUCCUUGUCGCACGCGCUCAUUCGCUUCUCAAACUGUGGAUCGACGAAGACAAGAAGAGCUCUGGAAACGAGGGACAGAAGACGCGGCAGCUUAUCUUCAUUAGCAGUGCAGCUGCCCUCUGCAAUGUUCCUGGCUAUAUUGCUUAUGCAGCCCCCAAAUGUGCCCAACGGGCACUCGCUGACACCCUCCGCCAAGAAGCCGCCAUCUACUCUACUGCAACCUGCCAGUACAAGGUGCACUGCGCUUUCCCGAAUACCUUCAUGACGGAUGCGUUUCUGGACGAGCAGAAGACCAAGCCCGAUCUCACCAAGCGGAUCGAGUCGUCUGAUGGCCCUAUUGAGAAGCUUAAGACGAAGAUGCUUUCGGCUGAAUAUGUUGCAGAAUACAUUGUCAGAGGGGUGGCGAAGGGGGAUUUUGCUCUCGUCAGUGACUUCGACACGGAGGUUCUGUGGAGCAACAUGGUUGGCUCAUCACCCAAGAGGGGCUUUGGCUUCGUCGACUCUAUCCUUGGGCUGCUUUCGGGGUUCUUGGUCUGGCCGAUUUUGAGAUACAUCUGGACGCGCAUGUGCACCCAAACUCAGAAGAAGAGUGUGUGA